AUUAUGGACAGUGAUUGAGAAGAGGAUGCACAAAAAGAGAAUUAAAUUAGUUUGUUGGAUGAAUUUGAAAUGAAAAUGGGUGAUAGAGAAGCAGAAUGCGAGGGUGGUGGCUCCACUCCCAAUCCAAAAAGCGGAGAAACCCCAGUCUCAGACGCCGUCGCUUUCAACAAUCAGAGUGAAAUACUGAGAGCGAUUGAGGUUGUGGAGCGAGAUUCGUUGGCCAUCGCUCAGAGUUACACUUCUCUCUUCGCCUCUCUCCGAUUGGCACUCUCCGAAUCCACCACCACUUCGCUCCAUCACGUACACUGCUUCACCGACGCCACCGGUCGCCUUCAGGAAUCUGUGCUUGAUGCAGCAACCAAGGGGAAUCGCUAUAUAAAUUCCUGUCUCAGAUUGAAUGAGGAGAUGAAGAGUGUUGAUGAUCUCGCCUCUCAAUUAAAAAUCUUAAGAAAGCAUGUAGAUGCUCUGGACUCGGCUGUUAACAAGAUUCUUCAAGUCCCCUGACACCUGGUGAUUCAGUCCUGUACAAGUUAAUAUAGGGGGUAGAGAAAUGGUGAAGUUUCCCCUCCCCCCCAGUAAACACAAGGGAUAAAGAGUUUUCAGAUCGUUCCCUGUGUCACAUUGUGUAUAUCACAAGAUUUUUCUAGUGGACAGUAUGGUUGAAGUUUUAGAUGUUAAUGAUUUUAUGUCCGUGCCUUUGUCAUGAGCGUUGGUGUUGUUAACAGUUGUUUGGAUACAGAACUCUAGGAAUAAAAGUAUUUACAGACUAGAGUAGCAUAUUUUGAUGCUUUAUUUGGUUCUGAAAUGGGUUGUAUUAACAUUAUAUGCUUCUUGUUGAGAAAGCCUAUGCCCAUCCAUCUUGCGGAAAGAUGGGGUGAGAUAUUUUUUGUGU